GGGGGGCGCAUCCCGGCGGCGGCGGCAGCCCCCGCCCCGCCAGCCCGCCCAGCCUCCGGGACGGCAGCGCCGCCGGAGCGUUGCCCUUUUAAGCUGUGGCCCCACUUGCCUCCACCCCGGCUCCCGGAGGGGCUCCGGCAGCCGACACCGACCGACCGACCGACAGACAGAUCUCCGUGCCCGCCUCGCUGCCGGACCGGGCAGCCCAGAGCCCCAGGGCGGCGGCGGGGCCGCGGCCACCGGGCUGCCCCUGCCCUGCCCCCGCCGCUCGGGGACCAUGGGAUGCUGCACCGGCCGCUGCACCCUCAUCUUCCUCUGCACUUUGCAGCUGCUCGCUGCAUUAGAGAGGCAAGUGUUCGACUUCCUGGGAUACCAGUGGGCCCCUAUCCUGGCCAACUUCCUCCACAUCAUCAUCGUUAUCCUGGGCCUGUUUGGCACCAUCCAGUACAGACCUCGCUACAUUGUGGUGUAUGCCAUCUGGACUGCAAUUUGGGUCACCUGGAACAUCUUCAUCAUCUGCUUUUACUUAGAAGUGGGAGGUCUCUCAAAGGACAGCGAACUCCUGACGUUCAACAUCUCCCGGCACCAGUCGUGGUGGAGUGAAAAUGGCCCUGGCUGUGUAAGGAAGGAGGCUUCAAUGUCUGGCAUCAAGGGGCUGGAUAACCAUUCCUACAUCUCUGUCAUAGGCUGUGCCCUGGAGUACAGGUACAUCGAGGUCAUGCACAGCUCCUUCCAGAUCCUGAUUGCGCUGGUGGGCUUUGUCUACGCCUGUUACGUUGUUAGUGUUUUUACAGAAGAAGAAGACAGCUUUGAUUUCAUUGGUGGAUUUGAUCCAUUUCCUCUCUACCAUGUCAAUGAAAAACCCACCAACCUUUUGUUCAAGCAGACAUACCUGCCUGCGUAAGUGAAGAGGAGCCAGAGGAUGGAUAAACCUUGCACUCCACCACCAAAGGUGCUGUAGGAAACAGUCCCCUGUGGCCUGGAUCUUUGGCAGAGGAAAUGCAGGAUGGUGAACUCCAUUCCAUGUUUUUGUUCCUUGUCUUCUUUCCAAAUGCAAUGAAUGUACAUCAAAGAAUGGCCACACAGUUGGUUUGUAAUUCUCCAAGUGCCCUGACAAACCUUUCCUACCAUAGUCUGCUGGUACUAGCCAAGAAAUGACACAGGCCUAGAGACCUCUGGCAGAACAAGUUCACCAAGAUCCUCUCUCAAGAGAUGCACUUGAAGUCGAAGCUGCUUCCUUGCGGCCUUGGAUCCAUAAAGAAGGAAGCACCGCCCUGGGACAUUUCAUAUGUUCUGUAGUUAGUGUCUUCUCCUUCUCCUUUCCCUUGUUCUGAAAAGAGCCUAAAUCCCCUAACACAACUUCAUCUCCUCCCUGCCUGUAUAGGACUUGGUGGGGGCUCUUUACAUUUGAGUUACUUAGGCUUUUUGGGGUUUUAAAUUAUAGUUGAGAAUUCUUCCCUUCUUCCUCCCUGCCCAUCCAGGACUCCCUUCCUCAUCCUCUGUAGGCUUGGCAAUAAGCAUUUGUCCUGGAUUUCAGUGUCACAUGAUCUAACUCCUGUAAUGCUGAACAGCUAAAAACUACUACAAGCACCAAAUCUUUACUCAGCACUGAGCUUUGCCCCAUUUCAACAUGCCAAGCCAUUCUCAGAGCAGCUGCAGCUUGCUCUGGGUUUGCCCAGCUACAUUAAAUUAACACUGGUGUAGCGACAUACACAGCUGAAUCCCCCUGCAGGACACUGAAAAAGGCCUAGUUCUUCAUGGAUAACAGGUGGGUUUGUCCCUGCCGUCUCCAUUGAGCAGCCACGCUUAUUCCAGGCACAAGCCUGGCAACAUUCCCAUGGAAGAUGGUUUUUUUUAUGGGGAGGGAAAGGGCUGAAGGGGGAAUAUAAGUGUAAUUAAGUGUAAUUAAGUUGCAUUAAUGAGCUGCAGCAAUUAAUAAAAAAAAAAAAACACCACCAACAAAACCAAUGUCAGUGAUGUCAGCUGUGUCUCCCAGCACUCUGAGUAUCCAGAAGAGAAAGAGCACUUGGCCAGCCAGCUGUGGGAUUCUGUGUUCUGUGGCUGGUACCUUCCAAGUGCUGUUGUAAUUUGUUAUUGUUUUACCUAAUCUGUUUGGGAUUACUUGGCAGUUUUUGAAAAAUGUUUUUCAGAAGAGUCAAACUGGAAGCCAUGCUAGGGAGAAGUGUGAAGGAAGAAUGAAAACAAAUAAAAACAUUAAGUGCUAAAUCAAA